GUACUAACCAAAGCGCAACGAACGGAGAUGUCAUCAAAAAUAUAAAAGAUAAUAAAUAUUACGUUAAAAAAGGGUUUCGAAUCGUCAUCGUUUGGAUCGAUACAAAGCAAUCGGUUCGCAGGGCCCGUUGGGAGCGGCCCGGAAUGAGCGGCGCCUUCUCUGCCGCCAAAGACUUCGUCCCGUCUCCUCACAAGCGCUGGUGUUGAUGGUGGUCGCGGCUAACGAUGCUGAAGAGGGAAGCGGAGUGGUUCGGCGAGCCGGCAGGAGGGGGUGGUGGAGAAGGCUGCCCCAUGUCUGUCACAGAUCUGUCCAAGGCAUGGGAGAACAUCCACAAAGCAAAGAGUGCCCUUCGUCACAUCGAGAAUCGUCUGGAGGCGGUCAACGCGAGCACCACCCUCCUGGAUCUGCCUGUCCACCAGAAGCCACCGGCUAGGCAAAGCAGGAAAAUCCCUCGCGGCGGGGGGGCCGAGCGGAAGAUUGCCGAGGGCUACACCGUCGACGCACUGGCCCGUACGCCACAAGCGUCGCCGGGGAGCGUGAAGGAGGCGCGGGCCGUGCCAGACCUGCGCUUGCGAGGGCCUCCUCUGGAAAAUGGGGCCUCUCCGGCCAAUGUGGAUUUAGUUAGGACAUCACAGUUUACAAGGCCUCGGGAGCGGCACAGGCAACCGGGCUUGACUCGAAGCCAGCUGGAGGCUCGCUGGCUCCUCUCCGAGCAGACGCGUGCCGAAACGGAGGUGGCGAGUCAACGGAGCCGCGAGAUUUACUCUGGUGACCGGCGCGAUGUCCUUUCGGCCGAUUGUGCGAGCGUGAGCUCGUCGGUCGUCGACGGGACGGACGUGCGAAUCUUGAAUGACGCCGUUGCUCUCGAUUUGCUGGAGGGGCAGCGGCGCACGGGACGGGCGCUGAUGCUCAACGGAUUUGCUCGCCACCACCACCGCGGGGAGGAGGAGGAGCGAGAGGUUGCCGAUCGCAGGAGUACAGUGGCGGUCACCGAGCGGAGAAAGCCGUCGACUAAAAACAAAGAGGAGGCGAUCGCGCUGGCGCAUGCGCCGCACGACUACGAUCGCAGCCCUCCGCAGCGACUCGCUCGGAACUCGACGCUCGCAGCUUUUCCGCAGAAAGAGCCGACUUGGAUGGAGUGCAACGGUUAUUCUCAGCACCGGCCGUCGGCGGCGGCGGAAGGUUUCCUCGCGAGGAAUCAAACGGUUGUACCGACCGGCCGAGAUGGCGACGGGCUCUCCGGCUGCACUUCGCCAAAGCCCGGCGAAAAGCUGCUGAGGUUGAAGGAGCGUGUGGGCAGACAGGCGCAUCCGGAGCGUGGGAGACGCCCAAAUGGGGAGGAGCCGAGGGUUGACGAGGACCCCUUGGCAGCUGUCGGUCACCGUGUCCACGGCGACACGAUGAAAAGUCGAAACCAGGCUGGCCGGUCGUGCGUCCUCAACAAUGGAUUAACCCAGGCGCUCGCGUCAUCCCGAGCGACGACGGGGGCGACCGGGAAGCACGGGAAAAAUCAGUUCUUGGCUGUCAAAGAAAAUCGCAGCAGGGGCGCAACAGGCAUGGGCCAGCCAGCCAGGGGAAACGUGGGUCAAGUGUCCACCAGAGGCCCUGUACCAACGCGAGAUCUUAGCCUCAUACAGGGCACCCAAGGACCCCGUCCGGCGUGGGCAGCGACCGACCGUACACGUGAGGUCGGCGGGGUCGGCCACCCCGGCGACCCCGGUGACCCCAUCAGGGCUGCGGAGCUGAGUGUGCAGCUCCUCUCGGAGGAGGUGCAGGGCAUCCUCGACGAUCUGCAGCUGGACGCUUGCAUCGGGGCAUUCGAAAAGCAUCCUGUCGCUGCCAUUUCCGCCACAGCCCCCACCGCCAUGCGAACGCGGACAACCAAGGGCGCGCCGUCGAGACGGCUCGAUUGGGACGGUGCACAGGAGGCUCGCGACGCCGGGUGGACCCCUACCGCCGGUUACACCGAUGCCACGGUGCCACAGGGUGCCGAAGGUCGGCAGCUGCCGGACCGGCACAAGCGGCGCGCGGAGGAGAAGCGUGUGUUGCGACGGGCGCCGGAACAGCGAGGGGAGCUGGCACAUCUGCACGCGCCGCACCACCACCACCACGCCUCCUCGGGACAGCAGUGGGGGGUGGACGGUGGUGGCGGCGGUGGCGGUUUCUGGGACGAGGAUCGUCACCGCCUCGAGAUGCUGGGACGGACAGGGGUCACGCAGACCCAGUACCGCAAGUUGGCUCAACCGUCCGGCGAGUCUAACAAAGAGAACUGGGGAUUCCGCUUCCCCGGCCCAGCGAAUGCUGUCAACUUCCUGAACAAUGGCCAGGUAACGGGUAUCACCACCGCGAGCGCCCCAGCCUCGUCGCCGGACCACCGCGACCAGGAACUCCCCCCUCAGCCGUACGGCUGGAGGUCGUCCGAUCCGGCGGAGCAUCCUUCCUGCAGCUGCGGAUCGAGACUGGACAACCCGUCCCCGCCCAGCCUCGUGGGGGCGUCGAGCCCCGACUCGGAUUUCUUCCUGGGCCUUCCGUCCCGCGGACGGCGCGCAUUCGACUCGACGGCACGCCACCUCGUCGCGCACAACGACGACGACGCCACUCGAAGGAGGAGGAAGGUGGAUCGCAUCGAGGCGCUCAAGGUGACGGCGGCCCGACUGGCGAGCCGGCUCGAGGAGGAGGCCCAGACGCUGGCACGGACCGUAGUGGCCGGUGGUGGCGGAGGCAGGAGCGGUGAGAGCGGCGGUGGCAGCCACCGGCGUGGCGACGCUGAGGCACCUGACGAGUUUUGCCACGGCGCCGGUCGGCUCGACGGGCACUCCUACCGCCCGCCGAAGAAUUUCGACCCCAGAACGAACUACGAUCCCGGGCCUGAGGCCGAGUGCGAGACCUCGCGGGGAGAAAACGAGUUGAUGCGGAAGUUGGAGAGGAUCCUCGGCAAAGGUUCGGGCUCGCGGAAAUCGGCGUGGGAGGAGCGGGUGUCGCCGGUGCCGCCGCGGGGCUCGGGAAGGAACGAGGCGGACGCCGCCGGGCGUUCCCCGCGAGAAGACUCGUACCUGCACGCCCUCGACGCCGUCGGCAGGUCCGUCGAAAAGCUGCGAUCGCAGAAGCGGAAGCUCUCGCCGCAAAGUCUCUCGCCGCACAAGUUUUCGCCGAGCGCGUCGACAUCGCCAGCGCCCGCAGAGGAGCCGCCGGGCGACGGCGCAGUCGCCGUCGUCUCCGCUGGCGCGAUGCGGCGGCACGAGGAGGCGGCGGCAGCGGCCCGACACGCGACGCCGGCGCGGAAAAAAACGGAGCGGCUCGUGGGCCAGAUACACAGCGCAGAAGGCGCAGGACCCAAGAACGAGCACCGGCUACGACCCACCGACCUCGCGACCCCCGGCGAGCGGAGGUCGCGCGAUAUUGAGGUCGGCGUGAGUCCGGCAUCUCCGACGUCCGGGCGGCGGUCGCCUUGCGCGACGACGACGUCGCUCUCGUCGCUGUCCCCAGCCUCGUCGUCGUCACACAAGUCCCUGUCGAACGGAUCGAGGGAGGGUGCCGACGACGGGAUCACCUACACCACGGUUCUCACCGGAUCCGCCGGGUCGCAUGAGACCCCCACCGGCACGGUAGACCCCCACGAGCCUGGGGCAGCCGUCACGGAUCUGUUGGACGAGCGCCGGCACCGGGACUCGGAGUUCCUGCGGAGGCUGCGCGCAGAGGAGCGGCCCAGCGGCGCGGACGUGGGCACCAGCAGCAGCCCUGCAGCACCGCCGCCUGGCACUCCACCCCGCGAUGCCGCGCCAGCUGUCACCUCCACCAACGCCACCACCACCACGUAUGCCGCUGCCCCUCGCAGCCCGACGCCUUCCGUGCCCAUGACACUGGAGGAGUUCCGCAGCCCACGGCGGCACGGGGCCGCGAGGCUCGCGGACGUCCCGGCGCCAGAGGCUGCCGCCGCUGCGCCAGCAAGCUCGUCCGCCGGUGGGAAGGGCGCCGGCAAGAAGGGUUCGGAGCAGAGGGCGCGGACACCGGGCAGCGACAGCGACAGCAGCAGCCGCUGCAGCAGCAGCAGCAUCCUGGACAAGCUGAAGAAGUUCCAGGGCCGACUCGAUGAGAGCCUCUGCUCGCCCGUGCACUGUUUCUUUUCCGUCUUCACCGCUUACCACUGGGCAGCCCUUGCGCUCUGUUUCCCUAGACUACAGCCCAAACUGGGGCAGUACAUCCACAUGCAGCUGCAAAGGUACCUGACAAAGCGGGAGCAGCGUCUGCGCGAGCGCCGGCGCCGUGCCAAGGAGCUGCUGCUGUGGAAGCAACGGCUGGACACGGAGGAGGAGGAGGUGCGCAACAUCGAGCGGAUGGCGGUGCAGGCGCGGCGCGACGACCGCGGGCGCCAGAAUGGGCGGCUGAGGGCGCCGCUGGGCGCCACGCCGCCGAGUUCGCAGCGCGAAGUCCUGCUUGCCGUCUCCAGCAGCCCCACGCUGACGCCCAGGGACAGCUCCGUGCGCUCCGUGUCCAACGCGGACACCGAGCGAGACAACCUCCGAGACAAGUCCUGGCGAGCGACCGACAACCUCUCCGAAUGGUCCCUGUCCAUCAGGACUGCGUCCGAGUCGGAGUGCUCCAGCGAGGUGGAGGGGCGCAUCGUGGCGCUGCGCGAUGAGCUGGCUCGCCGCAAGAUGAUGGUGGAGCGGCUGCAGAAGGAGCAGCGUCGCCGCGCCAGGGAGCGGCUCAGAGCCCACGAGUCCAGCCUGCGCCUCCAGCUUCAGGCCUAUGACACCUUUAUCUGCAAGGCACAGGGCGAGCUCGAGAACAGCAAGGAACCUCGCCCAUCUGUGCGGCCACACGCCAGGACCCACGGCUCACUCGACCUGGACACGAAGCCAGCGAAUGGGAGCUCUGCUCUAGCGGAGACUGUGGAAAUGCAGACCGCCGCGUGUGAGCAAGGGUCUUUCUCUUCCCUGGCUAUAUCGGCAUCCAAAGACAGCUCCGCGCCGAGUGACGGCCUCUCGGAACGGCCGAGCCUUCGAGAGGAGACGUCCGGCUCGCUUCCCGUGCCGAGCGCCGCUGCGCGGCGCGAUGACGUCCCCUCGCCUGACGCCCGCUCGCCGACCCCGCCUCUCGGUGUCUCCGUCCACGACAACUCGACUUUCGAACCUGCCGAGCCAAGCUCCCCGAACUCGUCCGGCGGUCGAGUCGCCGAUCCGGCAGCGGAAACGUCGUCCAACUCUUGGCUGCCGGACGACGACAUCGUUGCCCCUUCCGACGCCCGCGCCGUGCCCACGGCGAAGGACUUGCGCGACGAGCCUCCUUCAGGACGCGUGGCCGGAAACUCGGAGGGCUUGGGUCAGGGAUCGGAGUUGGCGUCGUCUGCGGACGAGUCGUUCGCGCCAGAAGCCGUUGGCGGCGACGUUGGCCUUUCGUUGCAAACUCCAGACUGCUUCGGUGAGAGUGAACAUGUGAGCCGGCCGACCGAACGUCGAGAUGACGGUGAUGAGGUGAAGACGGCGGUGAAGAAGGCAGUGGACGCUCCGCCCUGCUGGGAAGUGCACGAUCUCGUGCUGAUCGGCUCGGGUGACGCCGUGGAAACGCACAGAGACGAUGUGACAUCGGCGAGCGAUUCCCACGGCGGCAAUUCGGCGGUGCCUGCAUUGGGGGUCGGUGGUUUUGGUGGCGUCGCCGUGGAGCUGCCUGCACAGCCGUCGGGUCCCGUCACAGACGAGCUGCCCGCGAUGGCCGUCGACACGACGGCAUCGCAGACGAGCGAGAGCAGCGACGAGGCGCAGGUGCCUAACGGUCCGGACGUCGUUCUCCAAUCGUGGUCGGCGGAUAUUUGGCAAGAGCCUCGCGGGACCGUGAUCCGCAACAUUUUACCCGAUGCCGGAACGACACGAGACUCUGCUCUGCCGAGCGUGACCAAUGAUGCAGAGGUGAUCCCGAAGGCAUUGUUGGAUGGGGAUCUCUCCGACUCGGAGGAGUUUGAAUUCUCCUCCAACUUUUCCUCCGCCGACGCCUCGGAAAUCAGCAGCUUGCUCAUGAAGUCCACUUCCACGUUUGAGAGCGUCUCUUCUCCCAAGAGCCACGACAUGAACCUGCCCUUCGACGAAGCGGAAAGUGUCGAGACCGGACAGACGGCACGGGACGAGGCUGAGACCGCCAGCCGGGAGGGCGACACGGACGCGGAGACGUGGCGAUUCCUCAGCCCAAGGUCGCUAAGCCAGGAGCCCGCUAAGGAUGAGAACGAGCAACGAGACUCUGAGCCGGUGCCGUUAUCGCCAUUGCCAUCGCCCGCUCGGUCCGAGCUCACGGGCCCCACGAGCAGCGAUCAGGACGACCCAUUGGUCAGCAUCCAGCUCGGCGAGCAGCUGUUCGCUGAGGUCGCUAAAUUUGUCGAUGGCGUGAUUGCCGAAGCGCUCAAGCAGGUGUCUGAAGCAGCCAUCGCAGAGGCAGCGACAGCAGCGGCAGCGGCGUCUGUUGUCGCGGACAGUCGUGCGGGAUCAGCUAUUGUCAGCAGCCAUGGUGACGAGGAGGUAACCAAGAUUUCAGGAGCGGUCGUUGAUCGUAAAAAAGUCGACGAGUCUUCAAGAACGGAGGCCGCGGCACCGCAAGACACAGGAACGGUUGGCGUUCCCGGGGACCUGUCUGUAGCUGCGAAGCCUACUGGAGACGACCACCGCAACGACGACGAUGACGACGAUGACGACAGAUCGAUGUACAGCCGCGUGUCCGCCCCCGACGGUGAGGAUUCGAAAGGAACCCCGUCGGGAAGCGUCAGUCGUCGCUCAAGCGUCGGCAGCUUCGUCUCGGUUUCGGACGCGGACGAAAAUGCUCAGCCGUCCUGGCUGGCGCCGUACGUGCCCGACGAUCAGUCCCUCUACACGCCCCUGCUGGACAUGCUCGCGAGGGAGAAGGGCCGCCUGCAGGCACAGAGGGCCGACGCCAUGCCCUUGAGAGAGGGGACUUUCGAGCAGCUGCGGCCGCAACACCCGGAGCCGGAGAAGCAACGAGAGGAGCUGCUGCAGCAGGAGGAGCUGCAGAAGCGGGAGGAGCAAGAGCAGCAGCGGCAGAAGCAGGAGGAGCAGCAGAAGCAACAGGAGCUGCUGAACCAGAAACGGCAGCAGGAGGAGAAAGAGAAGCAGAAGCAACAGGAACUGCAGCAGCAAGAGCAGCGGCAACAGCCGGAAGUCGAACGCAAAACAAACAACGCGGACGCGGUCGCCAACGGACUCGUCGGCAAGUUUGUGUCGGAAGCCCUCGACCAGUACCUGCAGCUGCGGCAGGCGCGAAAUGAUAAGAUCGCCCAGGCAAACACGCUCUUGGAGCCGGCGACGCCACCGCAGCCGUCUCAGCCGCCACGGCUCGCCAAUGGCUUCGCCGGACACGAGGACUCGAGGGCGCAGAGCAGCAGCGAGCCAGGGCCGCAGGGGGGGAUCGACUUCGAGACUGAGAGGGCCUUCCCGCCGGAGCCGACCGCGAGGCCGGUGAGCCCCGAGUGCGACCUGGACUCGAGCGAAGACCUCAGCACGCCGCUGGCCCAGAUGCGUCUGAGCAGCGCGCUGCUUGAGGCCGGCCUUCUGCAGGACGACCAGGACUGGUUCGACGAGGACUUUGGCUUGAGCAGCAAUCGCCGAGCCUUGCGGCAGCAGCAACAGCAGCAGAGCCUUCGGGGCGUGCGGUUUGGCGAGGGGGGUCGCCCGGGUUCUCCGGAAUCUAUCGGCUCCACGGCCGGGCGCAUCGUUGACGUGAAGGCCAAGGAGGAGGACGAGAGGGCUCGGGAGGAAGAGGAGGAGGCGCUGUUCGCCGUGCCGCACUCGCACGCCGAGGUGGCGGCGCUGGUGAGCGUCGCCCUCUCCGAGCUGGACAAGCUGACGGAGCUGGGCGAGAACGCGCGCCACGUCACGGCGCCGCGCUCUUACCUGGGCGCCGAUUGCCGGGGCCAGGACAUCGAGAGCGUGAGCCGCCGCGUCUACAAGCAGUCCGUAUUCGACCUGACCAAGGAGGUGUUCAUGGAACUGCACGCCGACGAUCCCAACACCGACCGCCCGCCCUGGAUGAAACCUCGCCGCGGGUCCUCGCUCUACCUCUGGCGCAUCGGGGGCGUGCACAGCGACAACGAGAUCGCGGCGUUGAUCCAGACGGAGGUGCUGCGCUCGCUAGGGCUGUUUGAGGGCAGCGUGGCUGGAGACGGCAACGCCGCCAACGUCGCCACCGCCGGGCCGGGAAUUGGAGGGCGCAAGCCCGACCUCCCACGCGCCGUCAAGUGGGGAAAGAAAUCGCGCGACCGUGUCGACAUCAUCCUGGCGCGAGACCUGCACGAGGAGGAGCCGCAGUGGGUCAGCUAUGAGGACGACGAGCUGGAGGUGAAGAUGCAGGCCGUGGACUCCAUCUUCGAGGCGCUGCUCGCCGACACGGCACACACACUCUCACAGAUCUACGACAACCGCGCCUUCCGCGCCGCCACCACUUCCAACACCGCCGCCCGGUGACAAACCCCGCUCAUCCGUUGGACCCUGUCAUGGGGUCGGUCGAACUUGUAGUCCCGAAGGACCAGAGUUGGAACACUGAGCCGCGUUUGCAUCCGGAAAUGUGUUUCCACGGGCCGCCGCCACCACCAUGACUUCGUGACACCCACUCAUCCAUCGUACCCUGUCCUCAGGUUGAACUUGUUGUGUCUUGAGAGACCAGGCUUGGAACACUGGGGUUCGUGAGGGGGGGGCGAGGCUGUGUUUUCUGCCGGAAAUGUGUUUCCCACCGCUGCUGCACGAUGCCGAUUACGUUCGAAUUUUUUUUUCCCCAUCCAGCGGUUUGCGAUCGUCUCUUUCUUUAAAGGGGGGGGGGGGGGUUCUAAAGUUGGGCUGCGUUCGUCACGAUUCGGCGGUUGAAGUUACUGUCUUCUGUUUACCUUUGUGGUGAAGCAGCGCCCCUCGUGGCUGCAGAGUCUACGCGAACAAAUUGUGCAAAUCUAAAGUAAUUGAAGGUCAUGGAUUAUGAUGUGAUGUUUGGAUCGUGAGGUUAGAUCCUAUGCAUCAUUAUAUAAUAAUACGCAAUAAUGUACUGCCGUGUGGUCAAUCCACUGCUAUAUGAAGGACUCGCGACGUUGUACUGGUCAUGAGUGUUGUUCGACCGUACUUCACCACGCUGGUCGGUGCGGGCUGGUGAACGGAGGUAGACUUACCCAGGACAGGUUCAGAUUCAGAUUAUGCCCAGCGCUGAUGUUGGCCGUGACCGGGAAUCGAACUCGGGACUCGCCGACUUCAGCUCGUUCCGCAAACCCGUGCAGUGCCAUCGCCGCACACGCUCGGCAUCUUGACAUUCGCAUUCACAAUUGGAUUUCGCGUAUUCCCGAACAGGACACAUUUGCUGAUUGAGUUUGCAUUAAGUCCUUUCCCUGAUGACUGCUGCUGCCGCUUGCUGAGCUUGCAGCGGAUUAUCCGGUCUCCUGCGAUCGCUCAUUUGCAUCUCAUUUUUUGCUUCGCUGCUGCGUGACAGGGAAACGCACUUCCGGAUUCGUAUGUGGCCCAGUGCUCAGAGGUCGUAAUUCUCAUAGACUCUCCCUCUCUCUGUCCCCCCCCCCCCCACCAAAGCUUCCGCUCUCAAUUCCCUGACGUUCCCACUGUUCUUCCCCUCUUCAGACUGGUCCUUUCGUUCUUCCCAAUGUUCCCGUCUUCCCUGCCCAUGCUCUUGCUGUACGUGGACACACGGAAAGGGAAUAAAAAAAAACACAACCACUAAAAUGUAAUACAAAAUCGGACUUAAGUUAGUUUGGACUGCCUGUACAUAAUACUGCAGGAGGCUGUGUCCGUGUGUGCGUUUGUUAAAGGGGUGGACUGUGCAAUAGAGUUCGACUCGCGAUGACGUGCAAGGCUUCAUUUCUCGCUUGAAUCAUAUUCCCGGCUCGUUGGUCAUCGACCGGAGUAGGUGGCACGUGACUCGUAGCCAGCACAGCCGGAACGAGAGGAUGUAUACUGGAUGUGGUGUAACAGACCCGGGUAAAACCUAAGCCCUCACGACGCUUUGGAGCGAUGUCCAGACGGCACCGCCGCGCUCGGACAAACGCACAUCGCAGCAACGAGACGCGCCGCUCCGUCGGACGCGGAAGCAACGUGUGUUGCCGACAACAACAACAACAACUACUACAACAACAGAAUUGAACGAACAUUGCUCGUCUGGUAAUGAAUUGAUGUUGCACUUUCGAGGUGGUUGAUUUGUCGUGGGUGAGUAAGGAGAUUAUGCCUUAAUUAAGUUCUGCUGCUAGAAUUGACCCGAACACUUUACCUCUCGUGCGUGAGUGGGUGGGUGGGUGAGUGGGAAUUGGGCGAGAGACGGGGCUGCGCGGCAGUGGUGCGACCCCGUCGACGCCGUGGGUUGUCACCUGCACCUCGUCCGAGCCUCCUCGUAGGUUCACUCAGCCUGAAAUCGUGGAGGCGACGGUGAGGUCUGGGGAGACGAAUGAUGGUCCUCGUGCUGUGGGCCACUCCUCGACCUUUUACCUGCGUGCCGUGCCGGCCUUAAUAGGUGCUCGCUAACGGCACUUUCCUCUAUAGGCCAAGUGGGCUUAAAGAGAGUUGGGGGGGGGGGAUCGCCGUGUGUGUGAGAAUCUCCCAUUCGCUACGGCGAUAUUGCCGAGUAAAUGCUGAGCGAUCGCUUUCAGCGGCCCCGUGAUAGAAUUCGCGACGCGUCAUAAAUUCUGGCACGGCGCGCCGACCGCUCGGCCCGUCGCCGCAGGCUGUGCGGUCUGUCGCGAGUGCCGGGGCGGGGGCGGCCUCCGUUGUUGGCCAAUGGACUCGCGAUCCUGUGUAUAGCCCAACUCCUCACCUUAAACACCCAGCGUGGAAUUAUUAUUAUUAUUGCCGUGCCGUUGUUUUGCACCGCCUGCGCGCGGCUGAGCGCGUGCGAUUCACGAUUAUUUUUACCUUUGUUGUUAUGCCGCGUACGUUAACCUUAUGUGCUCCGCGCGCCUUCCGUCAAAGGGAGCGCGCUCAUGAAACCGAGUUCCCGAUUUCAUAUAUUAACCUGCCUUAAUGACGCACGCAGAGCACACGCCGCCGUCGGUGUGCGAAGUUUGAAUAAUAAUAAUCAUGAGAGAGUUUUUCUCACGACCGCUUGGCUGACUUCGGUUGCCCCCCCCCUCCCUCUCGCCGCGCCCUCCUCCUAUUCCAGCGCGCUAUGAACGUCGGCGAGAUUCCCUUUCGCCGCCCGGGAACCGAAGAGGACGUGCGUGACAUUCGAACUCUGUACGACAAAAAUGAUCGACCCUGCGGGGGGGGGGGGAACUGCGUUGUCGACACGCGUUAGCGCAGAUAUUGCAGCCGCGCUUGGUAUGAGAGUCUUGUUUCGGGAGGUAUGUUGGGUUGUUUUAUUUAUUCAGGACUAGUGUGAAAUUGUGACUUUUGUGUAAGGCGGGGGGGGGGGGGAUAAUGUUUGUGAUAGGGUUGAAGUUAGAGUAAUCAUGAACGAUUAAGCUUAAGACUUUGUUGGUAUUCAGGAGAGCUGCGCAGUCUUGGGACUCUUCCAGGAGGGUCCUGCGUUAUUAAUUUUGGCCGCAUUGCUUCGUGUGGUCGAUGGCGUUUCGAAUAUUUUGUACAAGCGAGGAGCAUACCGGAGGAAACCCACGCGCAUAAACGAGCAGGUUUUAAAUGUCAUAUAAACGCAACUCUUAAUUCCAGUCGUAACAAUUGACCCGAAUGCAAGCCCUAACUCAUUGAAAUCCAUGGAUUUUUUUCCCCUUCAGAUGAUUAUGCACUCUUCUGAUACACACAGCCUCACUUGACCACGUUGGGGAGACCUCUCUUGAAUUACAGACACCUCCUCCUCACUGUGAACCUUGCUGCCUGCAAUGCUGCGAGCGUUAGGGACAGUAAUAUGGUUCGGGCUCAAGAUUUGUGUUUGUGGGGUUUGGCCUAGGUUUAUGGUGGGGUCUUUGGGUUAGAUACAGGAAUAUGGUUUGUGUUGAGUGCGGAGUCGGGGUUAGGAUCUCGCACCAGAAUGUAGCCGGUGUCAGGGUCGGUAUUGGAAUUAGCCGCAGUAUAAAUGUCAAAGUUAGGACCAUGUGUGCCGCCCUUGUACGGUUCUGCUUGAAUCGAGUUCAGCUCCCGCCCAAACACGCAGUGUUGUGCAGAGUUCGCCUCGUGUCCACGCGUCCCCUGUGCUCGUGCCGAAUCUUGGUGUCUCCUUCCUGACCCGCUUCCCCUCUCGCGUUGCAAUAAUAUACCCCCCCCUCCCCCCGUACACGCGUGUACACACGUGUGUGUACGAGAUUCACUACAGCUGGGCUUCGGACUGCAGUCGUCUCUCUCGGUCGCUGCGGUAGCGUCUGCUUCCCGCGUUUACCACUCUU